AAGAAUUCAUAUGGCUUUAAAGAAGAAGACUCCCUUUGACAAACUUACCCUUUUUCGAGACACUUCUAUUGCAUGUAGACUAUCUUCCUUGUCAUUUUGUUUGGUUGGAUCCUUUGGUAGCUUUCAGAUGGAUGAAUCUGCGGAAUACACCAUAUCAUGAUUGAGUUUUUGUUGAGUUUUUGCAUGGGACUUAAUGUAUCAUUCUUAAUCUCUUAGCAUUCGGUUGGUUCUACCGUUACGAAGGAAAGUUGCCUACACUCAAAAAGGUACACUGUGUGUGCAAGCAUGUUGUGCUGGUUUGGUGUGCUAGAACUAUGGAAUAUGUUGUUCAUCUUGGAGAUAUGCCCAAAGUUAUGGUUUGCAUGGAAGUUGGAUUGACCUUGGUUCAAAGUCCACCAGGUGUUCUCAAAUCACUUUGGAUAUUUAGAAAGGAAAAGAGACCAAAAAGAAGAAGAAGAUGUCCAAGACUGACACCUUCCCAGCUGAGAAAAAGAACAAAAAAGAGAUGGAAUUUGAGCUAAAACUUGCAAAGGAAAAAGAAGAGAUACUUGAGCGAGAGAAGCAGAUGAAAAUCAGCAGACUUCUGCAAGAGGUGUCAGAAACUGAGAGGGAAGAUCUGGAAGAGUCGGAGAAGGUGCAGCAUUGGGUGGAGAGGCUCUGUCAAACCAGAUUAGAGCAAAUCUCCUCAGUUGAAAAUGAUUCUUCAGAGAUGUCUCCAACCCGUUCCCCUGCGUCAACUGGUCCCACCAAUCGGAGGUUCCCUGGAGGCUUGACCUUGGCCACUACUGACCUUGAUGACAUCAACUUAGAUGAUGUGUACUUGAGUCUAAGGCAACCUUUGAAAAGACUCACCCCAACCCCACCUACAUCCAACCAAGCUCCCCCUCCCUUACCUCUCCCUCCACCCUCACCCCGUCUUUACCACACAUCCAACCAUCGCCCUCCAUCUCCAAGACCACAGCUCCCAAUGCAACCCAGUUCUAGACUAGCCCCUCAACGCCCACCUUCUCCACCAGCCACAAGAGUGCCCCCUUCCUCAAUAGGUCAUAGCCGACAACCUCCUCUCAACUCGCUAUUCUGCUCUAGGGGUCUGUCCUCAUCUCAGCCACCUCCCCCACCACCACCACCACCUCCUCCUCCUCCACCACCUCCUCCACCCUUGCACAUGGAGGACAAGUACCAUGUAGGGUUGUCCAACUAUCCCCGCUCCCCAAGCUUAUCCGAACAGGGAAGCAGGUUUUUGGACAAUGGUUACAGACAGAGAGGGGGCUUCCACUCUACCAUUCCCAGUGAUCUCUCACGCCCACCCAGCCCGCAGGCUGACCACAACAUGACGGUUAGCACAGUUAAAGCAUUUGGCAGUUUGAGAAUUGAUUAUGUAUGUUGUAUAGGUGUGGGAAUCUGUAGGCACAUAACAUUUCAAUCCAAUUCGAUUCCAAAAUUGAUUCCAUCUCACAUCAAUAUUGCUGUCUUCACUGAAGUGAACACUGCAAUCUACCGUUGUUGUUUUUUUUUUUUAUAUAUAUAUACCCACCUCUUAUGUUGUACAUACAUGCAUUUUUGCCUGAGUGUGGUGUUUUGCCAGAUGAGGUUAACCAUGAUUAGUGUCUUAUUAUAGUUAUUUGUCAGGAAACAGAUAAUCAUUUUUGAAAGAAAAAAAACAUGCUGUCAUUUGGUUUGAUGAUCUUGAAGUUGUAGUGAUUCCUAUCACUGUUAGACUGUUGAAUACUUUAUUCUUGGCACAGGUGAUGAGAAACACAUCUCAUGCUAGCAGGGUAUCCACCUCUAAUAAUCCACUGGUGAGUCCUCAGUUUGUAAAUGGUACAUGCUGCUCUGGGUCUUCCGUUUCAUUUUUAGCACAAAUCAGACUUGCCAUGCUUGUGAAACAUAAUAUGCAAUGUCAGCUUAAUGCAAACAUUACAUCUUAGAAGAGGAAAUAUCUUCCAACAGAUCGCAAUGCCUAUAUUAGGAGAUUACUCUGGCACAACCUACAGGAAGUGUAUUUCAAGUUUCCAGUCGACACAUAUCUUAUACACUUUCAAAAAAAUAGGGUAUUGUCACUGGGGCAGUACCAUUUCAUUAGGUACCAAUAUGUACACUUCAGUGACUAAUUUGUACCAUUUAGGGGUAAAUAAGGUAUAAAUAUGUACCUUUUUACCUGUUUUCUGAGAUAUGGGGAGGGGGACUUAUAAAACUGUAACUCUUUAAACUGUUUAAUAGAUAUGCAUACCUCCUCUAUGCAUAGGAUUUACUUGAAAAGUAAUGACAUUUUAAAAGCCAUUUCAAAAGACAGUCAUCAUUACUAGAAAGAUAAUGACAUUUUGCAUAAAAAUCCUCUUUUGUUGAACAUGAAAGCUGCAAUUCAGUAUUUUUGCUAUAUGAAAGGUUCCUAAAGUCUUUUGCUGUGUGGUUUAGAUUGCGUAACUCUUGAAGGUAGAUCGUGCCCUGACCUUAAGUUUGUGUCGCUUACUGCUAACCUCUACAUAGCAAAUUGCUCCCAGUCCUACGAACCAGCGGAGACAGAUCAACCCUGUCAUGUCCAAACCCAUCAUGCUACCAAGUCAGACCUCACAUAAACCCACACUUCACUUUGAGACCAUGGUAAGAUGGCAAGUACCCGUGUGUGUACGUGCGAUGAUGAUGAUGCAUGCAUAAUAUACUCAUUGGUUGGAUUGCUGUUUGACUCACUGGUUAUGAGUUUUUUAAACUCAAACGGAACAAACAGAUGUUGCUUUUACUGAUUGCACUGAUUAAGAAGGCAGAAACUGAAGGGGAGAGAAAAUGGGAAUUAUUUUUUAUCUGCUUACACAAUGGGACUUUCAGUAUUAAAUGUCUUUGAUUCAUCAGCCUGACAGACCCAGACCUGCUGUCUCCUUCGUCCUCCAGAUAGUCAGUCCUAUAUUUAAUGUUUAAGUCCUUAAUUAAUAAAUGGGUGCUUGCCAAUUUUUUUGUUAUUUUAGAAGGGUAACAAGAAGGGCAAGAAAGGACAAGACCUUGUUGUCUUCAGCAUUUAUUAACUAGUGCUCAGGGUUCUAGAUUAGAACAAGAUAACAGUAUUAUUAAUAAUAAUUUUUUUUUUUUUUUUAACAUCACUAGGACUCAUUUUUCAAUACUUAGGUUAACACGCCACACCACACUUCACACAGUGAGCACAACAGACUUCUAUAUGGGCUAAACUGUGAACCAUUUCCUUUUUGCUUUGGCACAAAUCUGAGGAAAUCUUUUUGUUGCAUGUAAUGAGUGCAAGCAUUUAGUGUGUGUGUGUGUGUGUGUGUGUGUGUGUGUGUGUGUGUGUUAUUGUGCUGUGUUUUUAAGAGCCAGUCAUAAUUAUGUGUGUUUCAGCCCCCAGAGAUGCUCAAACGGAUGGUCACAUACAACACGUCCUUUAAAUCCAGCAAACAACAAGUAACUUCCAUCAUUACUUAGAAUUACAACCCUUCCUCUCUUUUCUUUGAGUGAAGUCUCGGCUAUAUGAGUGUGUAUACAGUAUUACAUUUCUAACAGUAUUUCCCUGGAGGAUAUUGGUAAAAUGUAUCCUUGACGUAAUUUAAAACUAGUUCCCUUUCAAUACUGAAUGCCAUUUCAUAAGACUUUCUCCUUCAGUGCAAAGAUCAUCAAAAGACAGAUAAGAAUAUGAAGAAGCCUUCCUGCUCAUCAUGGAAGAGUCCCAGCAGCAGAUUAUGUCUCUGACUGCGGUUUUAGCUGAGUACAGUGCAAAAGGAUUCCCUGGUACUGUUUUCCAACAAAGACCAGCGCGCUCCUCAUCAUGUGGUCUAUACAACAUGACUUGGUGGUUUUGGUCUUGUCAGCCUAAAACCUGACUCUUCUGCCUACUACGGGCUCUUAGCAGUUUAUUUAGGGCCCUUAUUCCUGACUGCCCAUAGGCUGGGCUUGCAGGGUGGGUUCUUCAUUCUGCGCUUGUAGCAUGGCACUAUAGGAUUGCAAUCCCCAAAGUGUCAGCAACUGACGCAGUGCGUGUGAACUGUAUUGAAAGGGAACCAAGAUUACGUUAGUAACCGAGUAGUGUAGAUUUUAUUCUGUUCUGUUCUGGUAAAUGUCUACUUAAUUUCUUGUGUUAAACUUUUAUGCUAUAAACAUCUCUUUAAAUGCUUAAGGACAUCAGGUGUAUGAUUGCAAUAUUGUGCAUAUUUCGGUUAAGACAUCAUAUUUUUACCUUUCCAUCAUACUGAACUGUUCUCUCAGUCACACUAAUAUAUUCUCAUGCAAUCAUACUAGUUUGCUGCAAUCAUACAUCUUGUUUGUGGUGGAAACAGCCUUUGAGUGCAUCUCAUAUGCACUGCACAAAUGGGAGACUGCAGCUGAAGGUUAUAUAAUAUUAGAUUGCCUCUGCACCAAAUGGAAUCUCGGUGUACGUUUUCAUCUUUUAAGAGGGAGUUCAUGACCAGAAGUCUGUGUUUUUCCAUUUUGUUGGUUCUGUGGGUGUUAAAUAUUAAUUGAUUAUUUGUCUUGAUGGAAUGCCAGUGGUUGUGCGUGUGUAGUGAAAUGGGAAAAGCCUUUAUAUUGUAUGUAAACAUCAUUGCAGAUCCAGAACCAACUGAAAAGCUACCAAUGAAUCCAACAAAGCAAACACAUCCUUGCUCAGUAUUAAUAUGUUUAUAGUUUAUAAUGUUUAUAAUAUGUAGUGCAGUUCUGUAGAUAAUGAUGCAAUGUGUUGUACUGUUUCUAAUAUUAUGUUACAUUAUAUUCUAUUUACAGUAUAUUGUUCAGUUUUGUAUUUAAAAAUAAAGUUACAUAUUUA